AUGUCUUCCAGUUCACUAUUUCCCGCCGAAAGUGGCCAGACCUUCACAAAGAUAUUCUACAAUGAUACCUACGCCGAAAUCAGUCCUAAAGCUUCAAGCCAUAGUGGCAAAGUAGUUUUUGUAAACGGAGCAUCAAAAGGGAUUGGUCGUGCAAUUGCCCUCUCAUAUGCCAAAUCCGGUGUGUCUGGUCUUAUUAUCAGCGCACGAGCUUCCUUGGCUUCUGUGGAAAGAGAAAUCGAGGAAGUUUGUAAAUCAGCAAAUACUCCCGUUCCAAACAUUCUUGCUCUGAAGCUUGAUGUACUGGAUUUUGCAAGCGUCGCAGAGGCUGCUAAAUCUAUCGAGACGACGUUCGGUCGAUUGGAUAUUCUGAUUAACAAUGCGGGGUAUUUUUCUUCCGCAACGAAUACAGUGGAUGGAGAUAAAGAUGAAUGGUGGAUGAAUCUGGAAAUCAACUUGAGAGGAGUGUACUGGGUUACCAAGUGCUUAUUGCCAUUGUUACUGAAGACAGAUGGUGGCGAUAAGACCAUUGUGAAUCUGUCAAGUGUGGCGGCUCUGCUCAUGAGCCCUGGGAUGAGUGGGUAUCAGAUGUCGAAAUUCGGGCUUGUGAGGUUCACGGAAACAUUGUGUGUUGAGUAUGGGGAUCAAGAUUUACUGGCAUACUCUGUGCAUCCGGGAGCUGUGGUGACUGAUCUGUCAAGCGCAUUGCCAGAAGAUUAUCGUAAAAUUCUCAUAGAUACCCCAGAGCUUGCUGCCGACACAAUUCCAUAUUUGACGUCUCAAAAGAGAAAGUGGCUCGCUGGUAGGUACCUCAGUUGUAAUUGGGAUAUGGCGGAAAUCAUGAGCCGAGAGAAAGAGAUAGUCGACGGGGAUAAGUUGAAGUUCCGAAUGAACUUUUAA